AUGCCCAUUUCUCUAAGCUUAGCAUCUUCCAUUCAGGAGAACACAUCCCCCAAGACUGACAAGGUCGCGCUCGGUGCGCUCCAGGAGGAUGACGUUCCACCCAAGGAUACAGAAGUCGGGGAAGCUCACGAGAUCUUCCACGUGGAGGAGGGCAGCGUCGGAUUCAGGAGCGUCAGCUGGCAACGAGCGACGGUGGUUUUUAUCAAGAUCAAUUUCGCGAUGAGCAUUCUCACCAUUCCAGCGGCCCUGGCGGCACUUGGUUCCGUCGGGGGGUGUGUAUUGAUUGUCGGGUUCACUGCAUUGAACACAUAUACCGGGGUCAUCCUUGGCGAGUUUCGGAACAAACACCCUGAGUGCCACAUGCUGGCGGACAUGAUGGGACUCCUCUGGGGACGUACUGGUCGUGAGAUUGUGGGUGUCCAAAUCGUCAUUGCUCAGAUCCUGGUCUCCGCGAGCGGAAUCGUCACAACAGGAACCGCCUUCAAUGCGUUGUCAAACCAUGGCACAUGUACAGUGGUAUUUGCCCUCGUGUCCGCGAUCCUGAUUACCAUGUGCUCGUCCAUUCGCACGUUCUCGCGGCUCGGCUGGCUGACCUGGUUCGGCUUCGUGACCUUCUUCCUCGCCGUCUUCGUCUUCACCGUCGCGGUCACGCAGCAAGACCGGCCGGCAGCAGCGCCUGCGACGGGGGACUUUGACCUGGGUUGGGCGCCCUUCGCGAAACCCAACUUUGUCAUCGGCAUGCUCAACACAGCGAACGUUUUCGUCAGCACGAGUGGCUCGUCCAUGUUUCUGCCCGUCAUCUCCGAGAUGCGUCGGCCACAGGACUAUCGCAAAGCGUGUCUCCUGGCCGGCUUCAUUGUUGGUGCCAUCUACCUCACCUUCAGUGUGGUUAUAUACCGCUAUUGCGGCGCCUGGCUUUCCUCUCCCGCCUUCGGCAGCGCCGGUCCACUGUUCAAGAAGAUCUCGUACGGGAUCGCGCUGCCGGGGCUGGUCGUUGGAGUCGGCAUCUACCAGCACGUCGCAGCCAAGUACGUCUUUGUGCGCCUGCUGCGCGACUCGAGGCACAUGCAAGCAAACACGCUCACUCACUGGUCCACAUGGCUCGGUAGCAACUUGCUUCUGGGCGCAGCUGCAUUCGUCGUGGCCGAGGCGGUGCCGAUCCUGAAUUACUUGCUUGGGCUGGCCAGCGCAGUCUGUUUCGCCCCCUUCAGUUUGGUAUUCCCGCUGCUCUUGUGGAUGUAUGAUCAGAGAGGCUGCGGAGUGGGGUCAGCCGGACAGAGGGUCAAGUAUACGCUUCAUGCGGUGAUUGUAGCGGUGGGGCUGUUGAUGAUAGUAGGUGGGACCUAUUCCGUUGCUAUCUCGAUACGAGACGCGUUCGCCAACAGGGUUAUUGCCCGUGUCUUUGACUGCAGGGACAACUCUGGCUCUAGUUUGUGA